AUGGCUAUUGUAUGUGGAAAUGAUCAAGUAACGGGGCCUUUUGCAAGAAAGGGUGCUCAAAGUUCUAGGAGCCUAGGUGCACGCAUGGAUCAACCACCAACAUCACCGGUAAUUGAUCUUGAUAACCAACCCCAAGGAUUUGAUGAUUUUGAUGACUUUGAACCAAGUGAAACUCCUAAUGACACACCAACGACCGCCACUUACAUGGCCAAAAAGAUCUCCAGCCGGGGAAGCUCGAUGCUUGAGCCUGAGAGGGUUGCGAUCAUCGAUCAGUUGAUGGAAGCCCUACAUGCUUGCCGUCAACCCGGGAUCACUCACCGGGAUUUCAACUCCGUCGAGUGCUUUGGUGAAAGAUGGGCAAUGAGAGGUGUUGUCGGCACGCCGUACUACUUUGCUCUGGAGAUGGUGGCAGGGAGGGAGUACAAGGAGAUGGUGGAUGUCUGGAGCUCCGGAGUGAUCCUCUGCCUGAUGCUUGGCGGGAUCCCGCUGUUCUAUGGUGAGACAACAAUGGAUAUCUUUAAGGCAGUGUUAAGAGGGAAUCUCAGGUUCUGA